GGAGCCGCCGGCCGAGGCGCGCCCGGUGCUGCGGAGGCACCUGGGCGGAAGGAGGGGCCGGAGGUGGGGCCAGGUGGGCCCGGCCCGCUCCGCACCGCUCCUGCCGCCCCGCUGCCUCCCUCGCAGCGGCGCGGCCCGGAGCCGCUUGGUGGCCGUCCCUUCGCCAUGAAGAAGCACCACUCCGUGCAGGGCACCUUCAGCCGCCUCUUCGGCAAGAAGCACGGCGCCGCCGCCGCCACCUCGCUCUUCGCCACCAACCCGCCCUGGAUCUUCACCCAGGAGGUCACCUCGGACAGCGCGGGCGGCACCGGUGACGUGAUCGAAGUGUAUUAUGGCGAUAAUCGCUUUGGGACGAUGACCGACUCUGGAACAGCAACACUCAAGCCUCGUCCGAGAGUCCGGCCGCUGCUGACUUUCUUACCCCUGAAUGCCCAGGAAUCCCAUGGGGUGGCUGUGCCAACACCAUCAGUGCCAGAAGACUUUGAAGAGAAAGCAGCUCUUGGCCCUGGCUCCCAGAUCAAUGGGAACUACCGAAUGUACAGCUCAGUGGGGGACCUGCGCCCGCAGGCUCUUGAUGGGGAUGAACUGGAUGAAGACAUCCCUCCACCACCAUCAGUACCCCCCCCACCUCCUCCAACAGCACGGGCCCCCACGCCACCGCCUCCAGCCUCACCAGCCCUACAGCCGCCUGAAAUGCGGCUGCCUUCGCCACCACUGCCACCACCUGAGACAGUGCCGCCACCUCCUGCCAUGGCACCUCCACCACCCCCAGCCUCCACCUUGUCCUCCCCUGGCACGCUGGCCCCUCCAGACUUCAUCCCGCCAGCCCCACCGCUCUCCAAGGCCCCCGUGCCCUUCACCAACGGCAUCUCCAAGUGGAAGUCUGAGACUGUGCUGAACACGAGGCAGGCGGACACCGAGGGACCACUCCACACCACUGAGGCCCAGGUGCCGGCUGACCCCAGCCCGAAGGAGAGCCUGCAGCCCCCCAAGCAGUGCCCCGAGCCCCAUCUCACCUUCCCCAGGUCCUUCAAGGUGCCCCCUCCAGCCCCGGCCCGGUCCUCCUCCAUCCCCGUGCAGGAGAACCAGCCCGCCCAUAAAGAGCCCUUCGCCAGGCAGCCCCAUGCCCGGCCUCCCCUCCCACCCUGCUUCACCAUAAGACCUGCGGCCAAGGCUCACGUGGGAGAAGCCAAGGAAAGAAAUCCCCCGCUGAGACAGCCCAUCACCAAGCUGGCCGUGACAGCCCCUCCACCACUGAGCCCCAAGCCAGGUCCAGGGAUCAUCAGUCGGUCCCCGCUGCCCAGCUCAGAGUCAGAGAAGAGUCCCCAGCCAAAAAACACCAUCAAAGAUUCUCCUCCAAAACCCGAAGUUCUCACUGCAAAUGACCUGGAGCUGCCUCCUCCAGAUUACCCAACCUCUGAGGACAGCUGGAAGGAUGCCGGCAACCUGAGCAGGCUGCAGCACGAGCUCUCGGCCCUGCUGCGCUCCCCCAGGAGGGAGGAGAGGCAGACAGAGGUGCCAGCAGCUCCCCGGCCCGCAGACAGCAGCACCAACCAUGCUGGCAACCAUGUGCCUGGCCCCAACGGGCCCCAGCUCACUGGGCCUCCCAGGAAGGCCUCACCAUUACCCACAGGAGGGGAGAAUGAGAGGAAGGAAGGGCCCAGCAGUCCCCCCAGUGCCGUGGGCAGCCCCCCCAGUGCCAUGAGCAGCCCCCCUGGUGCCGUGGGCAGCCUCCCCAGUGAGGCACAACCAGCUCCUGAGAGCAACCCAGCCGUGCAGACCCGCAGCGUGAUGAAAAUCAGGAAUGAGCUGGAAGCAGUGUUUUCCCUGAAGAAAGAAAGAAACCCUGCCCUGGGGCUUGCUGGCCAGAAGCAGGGCCCUGAGGAUGGCGGCAGCACCCCACGUUUGCGGCCGAGCCCCCCUGACCUGGGUGACUCAGUGCUGCCAAAACCAGCCCCAAGCCUGCUCCCAGCCCCGGUGGUGGCUGCUGCUGCUGCAGAGGAGACGACAAGGCAGGAGGAACAUCCUGUUCCUGUCACCCCUGCUGCUAACAAGGCCACAGAGAGCUCGACCACUGCUCCCCCAUCCCCUGACAGCAGUGUGAGUGCCCCAGGCCCACCUCAGAAGCCAGAGGAGGAGCCCCCAGCUCCUGCUGCUCCAUCGCCCCCCAUUUCCCCAGCACCACAGCCUGGCGCUGCCAUCUUCCAGUACAAAGUGCACCGGGCUGGGGCUGGCUCAGCCGAGCCUGCCUGCCCCCAAAACUCAUCCAGCAGCCCCCCAAGAGCCUCGGGCCCAGGGGAGGAGGAGCUGCUGAUCCACCCCGUGACGGGUGAGCGGGUGGAGCGGGGCUCCCCCAUGGCGCUGCUGCUGGCGGCCCGGCAGCGUGCACAGCGGGGCCGGCCGGGCAGCGAGGCGGGGGGCCCACCACGGGCAAAGCCACCCCCCAAACUUGGCAGUGCCGCGUCGGACACCACCUCCUCCACCAGCUUCUACCGCCAUGAGUCCAGGCCCUACUCCUUCACUGUGGUGCCCCGGCCUCUGUCAGGGACAGGACAGAGCAAGCCGCCCUCCUUCUCCAGCUCCUCGGAGCAGGGACGGGUGGCGGGCGAGGGGCAGCCCCCUGGGCACCAGCGAGCCACUGCCUCCAGCCUGCUGCGGGGCCUCCUGGAGUCGGGUCAGCCGAAACGCCCCGAGCACCCCCGCUCUGCCAUGCCCAGGGAGGAGGAGGAGGAGAAGAACGGGGAGAUGACGCUGGACUAUGCGAUCAUCCCGCCACCCCCCGAGUUCAGCAACGAGGCGGAUGAGACUGACAGGAUUCCCCAGAGCCGGGAGGGGAACCGCAAGUGCCCCAGCUUCCCUGACUGCAGCCGGGGCUCAGAGGCACCACGGUACUUCAGGUGGCCCGGCUACGGCCGUGGCUACAACUACGGGAACAGACAGGAGCCCUUGGAGCAGAGCAGGCGGAACAGCGAGCUGACACCCCACUAUCCAGAUUACAGUGGUUCUGCUGGUUACUUCAGCCGUGGUCCAAACAGCCGCCCGCUCAUCAAAAAGCGGCUCUACGUCUCGGAGCCUGAACAUUCCUACCCGAGAGCAGCUGCCCGGGGUGCGGGCGUGCUCUCAUCUUAUGGCCCUGGGGCAUACAGCUCCUCGGCUGGGGAGGGGGCUCGCCGCCUGGGCUCUGCCCACCGGAAUGGCCCUACCAGCACACAGGGCAGGCGGACAUCCAUCGAUUCGGCUGGGAAAGCCGGGCCAUACAGCAGUGCUGACGCGAAGUACAAGGCGCAGAAUGGGGAUUUCUCAGCAGCCGGCAGACCAGCCCACGGCAGCUCACAGUACAGCGGACCCACCAACACCUUCACGGUCAGACCCGGGACACGGCAGCCUAUCUCUUACGCCUACCAGAGUGGUCACCGAUAGGCUUGUCCGUGGGGCUGCUCUGCCACCUUCGUCCUUCAGCUGGGAAGAGAUGAAGAGGGGCCUCAGUGGCUCACCUUCUCCCUGGGCACCAGAAACAGUCCCAACCCAGCCAGCAAAUGCACUGCUUGAAACUGCUGAGGGUGAAGGCGGAGAGCAAAUCUUGGACUUGAACUCUUCUCAAAAGACUGUCAUGGAGAGUAGUUACUACAGAGGACCGGCUGCUGUUCGUGAGCAAACAUGUUUUUCCUUCUCUUCCCACUCCCCCAGUAUUAUUUUCAAAAUUGCAGCUUGAUAGGUCUUCUAAGAAAGUGAAAGAGCCUUAGUUCUCUUUAAAGAACAUCACCACUGGAGAGACUGUUUUUUUUUUUUGUUGUUGUUUUUUUUUUUUUUUUCUGUAAUUGGUUUAAAUGCAACAUACUUGGGAGUGGGGAGAAAACAACUGGGAGAUACACAUAAUGGAAGCAAGCUGGUGUGUAUCUAAAUCUAGGGGAAUUAAAAUAAUAAUGUGAGGUCAAUUGGAUAGAAAUAGUUUAGGAUGACUAGAUCACCACCUCC